UCCCUGCCCCGCUGCCGGUGGCGGCUGGGAUGACGCACGUCCGGCGCGGUCGGUGUGUGCGGAGUGCCCGGCCCGGCCAUGCCCGCCGGCGUGCCCUGGCCCACGUACCUGCGGGCGCUGGCCGCCAGCAUGCUGGCCAUGUUCGCGGGGGCCGAGGUCGUGCACAGGUACUACCGGCCGGACCUUAGCAUACCUGAAAUACCUCCUAAGCCUGGAGAACUGAGAACAGAACUGUUGGGUCUAAAAGAAAGAUCAAGCAAAGUUCGGACUUCACAACAGUGACCAGAAGUUACUUCCGUUGUGAAAACUAGGACUGAUAAAAUAUUUAUUCAACUGUUUAAGUUGCAGAAAUAUGUAUGUGAAAUACUGUACUGCCUUAAUGCUUUUUUGCUUUCCUUUAAGCAGUUUCAGGCAGCAUUUAAAAUAAAUGUACAAUGAGUACUGUUGUUAAAAGUCCAGUUGGUUGUGUGCCAAAAUAGUUGUGACUUCUUAAAUCUGGAUUGCAGUGUAACUAUCCUUCAGAAUAAAGGGUUAAACCAUGACAAA